CACCACCCCUUUCACACACUCGCCGUCUGUCUGCCACUGGGUGCGGAGCGUGCGUUCGUGGAACAACCGAGCGCCAUGGAAGGAGUGUACAAGCAAGGAGAGGAGCACACCCUGUCCCCGUUUGUCACGGCGGAACCGGAGAGUCAGAGGCGGACGCCGCCGAACAGGAGCAGGCGUUGUAAAAUCAUCUGUGCGGUUGUCUUUAUCUGCUUACUCAUCAUCAUCCUUGCACUGGUAUUUCCCUACAAAGGUCCCAAAAACGAUGAUGGUGUGCACUGGCUGCAGCAGGUUGACUCUGUGGCAAGUGAACAGCCAAAGUGUCCACCAAGUUUCACCAGGUCGCCCCUCAUCCUGGUAUCCUUGGACGGUUUCCGAGCAAAGUAUCUGAAAGAUCACAGCAGCCACAUACCCGUCAUCAGCAAGUUACGAGCCUUGGGUACAAGCGCGUCACAUAUGAGGCCGGUGUAUCCCACAAAGACGUUCCCGAACCACUACUCGAUUGUCACUGGCCUUUACCCAGAGUCCCAUGGGAUAGUUGACAACAAGAUGUACGACGUCACCCAGAAUAUAUUCUACAGCUUGAAAACGGAGGAGAAAUACAACCCCAGAUGGUACCAAGGAGAGCCGAUCUGGAUCACCGCCAUGCGGCACAAAUUAAAAACAGGAACUUUCUUCUGGCCCGGUUCAGAUGUGGCCAUCAAUGGCAGCUUCCCAGAUUUCUACAAAGUCUAUGACAAAAGCACCACCUUCGAAACCAGAGUGUCAACACUGUUUGAGUGGCUGGAUUUAGCUCAAGGAAAACGACCCGACUUUUACACGUUGUACCUGGAUGAGCCUGACUCAUCGGGGCAUCGCUACGGACCAGAAAGCAGCCAGCUCAUCGAUGCCCUAAAGAAUGUGGACCGGAUUAUGGGGAUGCUACUGGAUGGUUUGAUGCACAGGGACUUGCUCCACUGCGUCAACCUAAUCAUCAUAUCGGAUCACGGCAUGGAAGAAGCAACGUGUGAAAGGGCAGCAUUUGUAUCUUCCUACCAGAACGACACCGACGACUUCGCGGUCAUACAAGGCGCGGCGGCUCGUAUCAGACCCAAACGCCUGCCAGAUGACUUCUUUUCCUUCGACUACGAGGGCCUGGUGAAGAACAUGUCGUGCAGGACUCCCGAGCAGCCAAUGAGGCCGUACCUUAAAGAGAACCUGCCCAAACGCUUUCAUUUUGCCAACAAUUUGAGGAUCGAGAGAGGACACCUGUAUAUGAGAGAAGGCUGGCAGGCGGCGCUAAACCGCAAGGAAAUCAAGUACUGCUCGGGUGGCUUCCAUGGUUCCGAUAACAUUUUCGGCAACAUGCAGGCAAUCUUCAUCGGUUACGGUCCGGGAUUUAAGAGCGACACGACCGUGCCUCCUUUUGACAACAUUGAAGUGUAUAACCUCAUGUGCGACCUUCUCGGCAUCCCUCCCGCUCCGAACAACGGCACGCACGGGAGCCUGAACCACCUCCUCAAGCGUCCCAUCCACUUCCCCGUUCACCCCGCGCAGCUCUCCCACGAUACGCCCUGCGAGGCCGCCGACUCCCACCCGGUUGUCCACCUAAACUGCACGUGCACGGCACUUCUAGAAGGAGCAAAGGGUGAAGACAUGGACGCGAUAAUCGCCACUCCAAAUGCCACUGUCAAAUCGAGCUUACGUCGCCUGCACCAUCCUUUCGGCGUUCCCAGCGUCGUCCAGCCAGACGCCACCUUUUGUCUGCUUCACCAGCCCAACUACAUCACGGGCUACAGCCACGACCGUCACAUGGCUCUCUGGGUGUCGUAUACCAUCCCGAAUCUGGCCACAACAAAAGCCCAGGACCCAUCUCGGGAGGCAUGUAUUCGCGCCGACGUCCGCGUACCCCCGGCCACUAGCCAAAUGUGCGCCAAUGACAACACGCAAGGCCUGCUCUAUCCCCCCAGCCUCAAUGUCAAAGAUGGUACGCCAGACUCACUCAUCACAAGCAACAUGGUGCCAAUGUACCCCGCGUUUAAAGAUGUUUGGAACUAUUUCCACGGUGUGAUGCUCCCAAAGUAUUCGGAGCAGUUGAAUGGCGUCAACGUUAUGAGCGGCCCGAUAUUUGAUGAAGAUUACAACGGAAGAGUCGAUGCCUUCAAGACCCUGACGGCAAACGAGGCCCCCAAGCCGACGCAUUUUUUCCUGAUCCUGACCAGUUGUAAGAAUUCCACGUUUGGUCCCGGUAACUGUGAAGGUCCCCUCAGGGUCAAGUCCUUCAUCCUCCCACACAGAGCUGACUACACCGAGAGCUGCGGCACCGGUUCAGAUUUAUCGUGGACGCAGGACUGGAUGCAGCUGCACAUGGCCCGCGCCCGUGAUGUGGAACUGCUGACUGGACUGAGCUUCUACCACGACAGGUUGUCCGUGGAAGAGACACUGCAGCUCAAGACUUUUUUACAUACUGUUUGAAGUCAAUUAACGGUCGGUUAGAUGCAUUUGGUCCAAAAAAAAAAAAAACUGGUGAUCCUAAUGUUCAGGUUUAACUUUUUAUUUUUUAGGAUUAUGGCACUUAAAAUGAUUGUUGUACAUACUCAACGCCAUACAUCGGUUGUAGAUUUUGUUCAUCGUGUCAUGAAAUGACUUUAGUUUGCCUCUAGAGGCCAGAACCAAAGAUGGGCUGUUUGAAACUUGCUCAAUUGAAAUGUGUGUCCAUGGUUUCGAAGGAAUCUUGCCCGUAAGUGCAUCUCAAUCAUUUAGAAUAUCGUGGAAAAUUACAAUUAUUUCAAUCCUGUAUUACAAUUCAAAAACUCAAAUUUAUUAUACAGAUGAAAAUAAAUACAUCGGAAAGAGUUUGUAGAAGUUUCCACCUCCCUUCUGCAUUAACUAGGGAUGGGCGAGUACCGAUACCAAGUAUCCAUUCCAGGCUGAUACUGGUCUUAUUUCAAGAUAUUGAAACACACCAAGGAUGCUGAUACCAGCCACAGAUACUUAAAGCAUCAAAAAAAAAAA